GACCAUGACCGCUAUGCUAUAGUUCACCUACAGUACAGUCUCUACCACCAUAUUCUACCACAAAUGGAAAUUCCUGUGGAUAUGUGAUGUGGUUAUUGCUGAAACUAGAGUUUGGUAGGUUUACGGCUGGGCGCCUCUGCUUCUGAAACCAAACUACCAGAUUUUUUAUGUCUCAUCUGGGGCAAGAGGAAGUCUGUCUUAAUCCAAGACAUUCUCAGGAAAGCAGCUAUAACAGUUGAGUUUAGCCUUGUGUGUCAGUCUCUCUGAGACAGAGAAGAGAGGGAUGGAGUAGAAGAGGAGGAGCUGUCUGCCCCGGUCUCUGGCCACCUGGCCCUGAAAACAAGACUGGGAAACCCCUCCAGGAGAAAAGCGCUCACUGAACUCACUCGCAGUUACAGCAGUCUGCAGUGCCUGCCAAAUGCUAAUCGGCACAGAGUUCGAAACCAGGCUCUUUCUUCAGUAUGGUGUCUUCUGUCAUUUAGGGUUUUGUUUAAAAAGCAGCAUUGCUCUGUUUUUCCCAUCCACCAAUUUUUGGAUGUGUCAGUAUCGUUUCUCAGACUGGGUUUGCUAACAGUAACAAGCUGCUAUUGUGGGACUUUGACGCAUAUCUCCCUGGGCUCUUUGGCCCCUAAGCGUGUGUCACAUUGUUGUAUGGGAGCCUAGUGAGGAGGAUUUCAGUGUCACAGACAGGUCACCUUUGUGUGAGUGUGUCGCCGUACAGACCCUGUGAUGAAUGGCCACGGAUCGCCGCCAGAGCCACGGGAAAUCUUCACGCACCCCUUGGAGAGCAGCCGCGCUUUUCUGGAGAACGUCCCUGGGCUGACGGCACCCCCUUCCCCUUCAUUCCCCCAGUCAGAACUGUCGAAGUGUGGGUUGGACCAAGCCGGGGGGAUUUUCCGCUGACCGCCGAGAUUGUAAAUUCAGAUGAUCCAUUUCACUGUGAGGGGUGGCGGAGGGCCAGGUCUAAGAUGGAACCACAGCAUCUCAGCCCAUCGGAGGACAUUCCUCCCAAAUGGAAUGUUCUUUUAAUGUCCCGUGCAGACCAGUAAAGGAGCAAGUGUUCCACAUUGACUCCAGAGCGGAAUCUGGGAAGGGAAGGUGCUCCUUCAAUCCUAGAGUCAAUACGGUCUCCGUCAUGCUUAACCAGGAGCUGUUCUCAGGCAUGUACAUAGACUUCAUGGGGACGGACGCUGCCAUCUUCAGGAGCCUCACCAGGAGGAACGCAGUGAGGACAGACCAGCACAACUCCAAGUGGCUGAGUGAACCCAUCUUCAUAGAUGCCCAGUUAAUCCCAGAUGGAUCGGAUCCCAACGACGCUAAACUGUAUUUCUUCUUCCGGGAGAGACUGACGGACAACAGUGGGAAUACCAAGAACAUCCACACCAUGGUCGCUAGAGUGUGUCCUAAUGACAUAGGUGGCCAGCGUAGCCUGGUGAACAAGUGGACCACGUUCCUGAAGGCCCGGAUGGUGUGUUCAGUUCUGGAGGAGGACGGCACCGAGACGCACUUUGACGAGCUUGAGAGUGUGUUUUUGCUGGAAACCGAUCACCCCAAGAGCCUCCUGGUGUUCGGCGUCUUCACGUCCACAAGCUCAGUGUUUAAGGGCUCGGCCGUGUGUGUCUACAACAUGGCAGACAUCUUGACAGUCUUCAACGGGCCGUUCGCUCACAGGGAUGGGCCGAACUUUCAGUGGGUGGCGUACCAGGGACGGAUCCCCUACCCCCGGCCUGGAACAUGUCCAGGCGGAGCCUUCACCCCUCACAUUCAGAGCACCAAGGAGUUCCCUGACGACGUGGUGACGUUUGUCAGGAACCACCCGGUCAUGUUCAAUCCUAUCUACCCCGUGGGCAGGAGGCCCCUGGUGGUCAGAACGCAAGCUGACUACAAGUACACCUCCAUCGCUGUGGACCAGGUGACCGCCGCAGAUGGCCACUACCAGGUCCUCUUCCUGGGCACAGACAAAGGGACAGUGCAAAAGGUCAUCGCUCUCCCCACAAACCGCUCCCUGGACCAGGAUCUGAUACUAGAAGAGCUGGAAGUGUUUAAGAACCAAGCUCCAGUGACAAACUUGAGAAUAUCUUCCAAAAAACAACAGCUUUACGUAAGUUCAGAGCACGGCGUGUCCCAAGUGUCUCUGCACCGUUGCCAUGCCUACGGCUCAGCCUGCGCCGACUGCUGCCUGGCCAGAGACCCCUACUGUGCCUGGGACGGCCUGAGCUGCUCCCGCUUCUACCCCACUGGCAAGAGAAGGAGCAGAAGACAAGACAUCAUCCAUGGCAACCCACUGACUCAGUGCAGAGGAUUCAACCUGAAAGCGUACAGGAACGCGGUGGAGAUGACCCAGUAUGGAGUGAAGAACAACACCACCUUCCUAGAGUGUCUUCCUAAGUCCCCUCAGGCCUCCGUCCGCUGGCUCAUCCACAGAGACAAUGACAGGAGGAAAGAGGUGAAGCUGGGUGACCGUGUGGUCGCCACUGACCACGGCCUGCUCAUCCGCUCCGUCCAGCUGUCUGACCAGGGCCUGUACUAUUGUCUGGCCACGGAGAACACCUUCAAGCGCACCGUGGCCAAGCUCCGCCUGCGUGUCCUGAGUGAGGCCAUGGUGUCAGUGCUGAUGGACAAGCAGCAGUCUCCCUGGGCCUGGGCCAGCACCCUGCACCCCAAGGCCCUGCUCUCAGCCUUCAGCCCUGCAGAGAGCCUGGCCAUACAGCAGUACUGUAAGGAGAGAAAGCAGCUCCAGAGCCUGCAAGGGGCCAGGCAGCAGAAGGGGCCGAGGGGAGGGCCUCCUCUACGGGGUGACAUGGCCAAGCUCAAGCCCCUGCUAGACCUCCGGAAGAGCCGCAACCGCAGGAACCACCUGGAACUGCCUGAUGUCUGACUGGUGGAGACAAGGGCUGUGUAGAGGGGGUAUACAUGAACACACACACACACACAACCCCCGAGCUCCCGCCCUGCCCAGAGGCAAUGGACCUGAACUGAACACUUCCCUAGCUCCAGCUACUGUAGGUUUACAAGGAGAGAGUGGGACUCACCCUGCCUGGGGCUGUCUGUAGUCUUAUAUGCAUGAGGUACACUGACCAGAUGACUGUGAUAUACAUGCACACCUCACAUCCUGUCACACUCGCCAUUUAGACAGAGGUGUAAAGCCCUGACCCUGGAUCAGGACACAUGGAGAUGUGUGGAUUUAGGCAUCGGGUUCAGGUGUCGUAGGCUACAUACACAGGAUGACUUACUGCAUUCAAUGCUGCUCCCAUAGUUGUAUGAUAAUACUUGCCACACAUAUAUACUGUAGUCACGCUAUACAGUAGGCAAUGGUCUGAUAACAGUAUUGUAGUAUAUUCCGUAUAGACAUUUACAGCAUGGGGAAAUUCAUCAGGCAGCAUAUAAUGGCUUAGUAUGGAUGGAUGUCUGGUCCAAGGAGAACAAACCUGGACUUACAGAUGGUAAAGAUUGUGAUUGAGUAGGGAGAUCAUUGGCAUAUUAAUUUGUAUAUCCAAGAGGGGUGUUUCAUAGGGAGCACCCUAGUUGUUUACACUGCAACUGUACAUGGACUCAUAUUCAUCCAUAUGAACACUGUUUACAACUACCACCUAUUACAGUUUUACAUUUGACAAAACGACAGGGCUGUCGUCAAUAUCAGAAACAAAUCUCUCAUUGUAUGACCCGUUUCUAUGUUCACAUUGUAGCUCUGUCUCUAUGGAGGAACUCUAUCCCUCCUAACACCAGAUAAAAUAGCAGCACAGCCUAUACAAAGGGCAUAUUGUCCAUAGUAAGUGGUCCCAAUAAAAAUAUCCCAGCCUUGGAAAUUGAAACAGUGGCUAGGCCAAAGUACACCUCCAGCUCAGCUGCCACCCAUAUGGACAGUACUGUUACACUAGAACACGUAGCGCUGUGUGAGCAAAGAACCUUUGUUGGGAGGGAUUCUGCUCAAUUUAUUACAGGAACACUGGUAAGACCACCCGACAUGUUCACAAUCCUUACUCAGUCAUAUUGUAAACAUCAUGUUGAAUAGGACAAAGGUCAUAGAAUGCUGUGACCUAACAUUUAACAUAGUCUUUCCUGUAUUUAUUCACGUUACUUGGAACAUUUAUGUUCUUAAAUGGUACGGGACAUUGUGCCAUACUGCACAAGUAUCUCUUCGAUAGUGUACGAUACUGUGUCGUCAGCACAUAAGCAUGUUAAUGUGUAUAAUCUCCAUCUUAACUUUGUGGCUAUUUGCAAUACAUCGCUGGAUUGUUUUUAUACUGAGGGAGUAUAGCAGUGAUGCACAUCCUAGCUUUUGUAUUCAGGUACAUGUACACUCCUGAUUUUGGGGUUUGCAUUUUCUUGAUCCAUGAUUUGAUGAGAUAUAUUUCAUCUCCUUACGGAGUUUUAAUUUCACGUACAGCAAGGCAGACAUGCACGAUCAAAAAUAAUCAUGACCAUUUAACUUGAAUAUCAUUCUAAUCAUUUCAUUCACAGUUUGUGAGAUGGUCAGAUUGGCGCUCUCUGUUAUCAAUCGUGUGAAUAGCUCUUUCCUGUUUGUCUCAGAAGUAUAGUCUGUGUAGAUGUAUUCAGGGUCGGUAUGUGUACAGUGUGUUUUUCAUUCUUUAUUUUCAUCAUUAUAACUUAUGUCAUUGUGUCCAGUUUUUGUGGAUCUGCGCUUUGGAAUGUGACCCUAGUGUAUAUAAUUUAACAUAUUUAAUCAAAUAUUCUUGACCGUAUCUGCAAAUCGUAGAGCUAUAUUUUCUUUUUGACAAAAUAUUUUUUGAAGGUCUGGCUUUCCCUUAACAUAAAUCUCUAGACUGAUGAGUUGAGGUAGAGUUAAACUUUUAACAAAAGUGUCAUCAUAGUGAUGUUCAAUGUCAUUUCCAUGUCAUCAUAAAAGUGGUGUAUUUCUAUUUAUUAAUGUAAUGACAGCCUGAAUAAAUGCAUUUAGAAACUA